AUGCAGUCACAGCAGCAGCAGCAGCCUCGACAGGGCGGGUCGUCGGGCGGUGGUGGGGCAGCCCGCCGAUCGCUUGUGAACCCAUUCACGACGCCGUCGGGGGGCUACCAGCAGCAGUCGAGCUUUUUGCAGUACCCCGCGCCCAUGGAGCCUUCUUUUCGCAGCUACGGCCAGCCACAGCAGCCCCCGGCGUACCACCAGCAAAUCUCCGGACGCUAUUGGCAACCGCCAACGGGCGUCAACCCUUCGUCGUCAAGCGCAGGAAAGCAGCGUCGGCACGGCGGCAGCUUGGACUUAAGCGAGUUUAGCGAUAUUCUGGACACCAACUCGGUCCGCAGCGGGGGCGACGCAGCGCCGGCGCUGGGGGGAGCGCCGUCGGAAGCGGCGUCGGAGAUGAGUAUGGCCAGCUUCGACGUCCAGUCUUUCCACGACGGCAUGACGGGGUCCACAGGCGGAGCAGAGGUGGAUACCGCUGGGUUUCAGUCGGCAGCGCGGGCGACAGGGUCGACGGCUCAGAGCUCUGCGGCCAGCAAGGCACCAACGAGGACAAUGCGUGCUUCUGCUGAGCCAGAGACCAUGUCGUUGGUGGACGCCGCGUACAUGCCGUUCAAUGAGUCGUGCGUCGAGCCCGACCUGACGACCGAAAAACUCCCCAAGGACAGGAACGAGCGAUGCCAGUUCUACGACUGCCCGAACCGAGCUCGAGUUUCACAGUCGUACGGCAAUUUCUGCAAUCGCCACGUGAUCGUUGCCCCCUGUGGCUUCCCUGGUUGCCGAGAUAAGGCCAUGGAGCGAGCUGCAAUGUGUGCGAAGCACAUGGAGUUGGGCAAGCAACCGCUGCAGGCGAUCUUGGAUGCUCGCACGCAAAAUGUGCUGGUGUGCAAAAUGUCUGGCUGCUUUAAGAAUGACCAAGGCCGCGGGUAUUGCCGCGGACACGAGAAAUUACUGAUGGCCACCGGACGCCUGCCGGCUCACAUCAACAAGCGCCGGCUCAAUAGUGCUUACACCAUGUGCAGCUACCCCGACUGCAAUAAGCACUCUCAGCGACACCAUUUGUGCCGAACCCAUGGCAAUUUGAUCAUCAAGGAAGCCCAAGAACUGGCCAACAGACCCGAUGCGUCAGAAAGCUACGAAGAAAUUCUCAGCAGGAUGCAAAAGGACAUUCGGCGAUGCACGCACGAAAACUGCACCAAAAACUCGCAGCGAGAUCGACUGUGCACUGUGCACUAUUACGAGAAGCACCAUUUGCGAAAGGAUGGGUCGAUGCCGGCAAAUGCUGCCUCGGAUGAAGCGUCAUCGAAGGAGAAUGUCGAUUCAAGUCAACUAGAAACAGGAGAGCGUCGCGGUGGGAGUGACAUUCGAGAUGUUGAGCGGACACGCUGUGAAACUCCUGGUUGCGGGAAUCUGUCGUACGCUGCGGGAUUGUGUGUUGAGCACACUAAGGAGAGCCAAAACCUGAUGACGAGUCAAGGACGGUAUGAUGACCCAUUUUCUUCUGAAGGAGCUAGUGGCAUUUUCUCCACUGACUUGGAAAAUGAAACGAAGCAGGGUUUGUUCAGCCGAAACCGAAAACCACAAACUCUGGACUCGCAGGCACAACAACUGCGGCGUGAACAGGAGCUGGCGGAAGCGGCGGCGGUCGCUGCCGCUGCGGUAGAAGCCAAGCAAGCAAGCCCCUCUUCGUCGGCCAAGGCGAGGAAAUAUUACUGCAAAGUUGACGGGUGUGAUAAGCAGGCUCAGAAACGGAACUUGUGCAAGCGUCACUAUCGCCAGCAGGAGAGUCUUCCUACAGGAAAACCGCAACCAGAAGUUAGGCCAAGCGGUUCGACGAGAAACUACCUUCCUCGGGCGGAGCAAUCUGACUUUCCUCAACCAACUAUAGCGUGUCGCUUUCCUGGAUGUUCGCAGAUCGCGGGUGGUGGUGGUGCUCUGUUGUGCUUGGCGCACUCUAAGGCGACGUUUUGUUGGCAGCCAGGAUGUGAAAAUCUCGUGAACCACCAGUGCUUCUGUGACUUCCAUGCGUUUCGGCGGCAGUGUGCCUACGAAGGCUGCAUGUACACGGCCGAACGAGACAGCAGCGGCUGCAUGAACCACGUGCUGGCGCGACGGUGUCGUCACGAGUUCUGCGAUAAGUUUGCAGUGGGGUUGAACAGUGAUUGGUGCCGCCUGCAUCAGAUUAGCUGCCAAGGCUCUCCGUGUACGCUGUGCAGACUGCACGCACUAUCUCUGGAUGGGCUAGCAACAAUCGACGCGAUCACAUCGGGCCGCGGACCGCGGGCGGAGAUGGAGCGCAUCUACUCGGCCUUCUUCACGUCGGAGCGGCGCCGCGAGCCGCAGGAGCUCACGGCCGCGGCGCUGGAGCUGCACAACGAGACGCAGAAGGCGCACAAGCCGCUGCUGCCGCGCCCCGGAGCAGACGGAGGCAGGCGACGGCCCGACGCCGAUGCAGACGAAUCCAUGGCCGACGCCAAGCGCCACGCCGCUGCCAGACGCCAGGACCUCCAGCAACUGACGAUGGACUGGGCCAGCGUCAAGAAGGAUCUCGAGGCGGCGUGCCAAGCGGCGGCGAGAGCGUUCCUGUUGGCCUACGGAGCUAAAGCCUUCACUGCCGUGCUCCUGGCCUCGAGGAAGUGGAGCAGCCUCGAGUACGGCUAUGCCGAUGCUGCCAGACUGCUGCUUAGAGGCGACACACUCCGCUUCGGGGCUUUCUUCGGGAGCCUGGUGGGGAUCUUUCGGGUCACGGAGCUCGUGACUCGAGCUGCUCGAGGUGGACAGCGAGACGCUGUCAACUUGGCAAUCGCAGGGGCGGUCUCUGGGUCGGCUCUGCUGCUGGAUUCGCCCUCAAGACGCAACACCAUCUCGCUGUACAUUUUCGUCCGCAUGCUGGACGUGGGCUACUACCAGUGGAUCUGCCGCAUUGGCGCUGUUAACCACCACGGUCUGGAGUACACCGUGCGCCAGCGUAUGCGGGGCCAGCUAGAUGCGCACGGAAAACCACUGCCAUUUCGCUUGUGUCAACCGCACUACCACAUGUACGCAUUUGGAGCUGGAAGUCGGCUCGAGCGACGAGACUAA